UAUUGAAGCAAAAGUCGGGUCUUAAAACAUCAAGUGCCGACAUUUUUUGCAAUCAUUCCUAACUUAUGUUAGAAUAGAAAUGAUUUGAUACCGAGACUUGUUAGAACGUGAAUGUUCAUAUACAUUAUAUUUUUUCCUAAUAUUUUUAGAUCUGGGCCGCGUAAAAAUAGCUAUUUGAAUUGUACUUUUUAAAGUAAUUCCUAAAUUGUGGUUUGGUAUUGCAUUCUUUUAUGGACCAAACAGAAACUUUAGUUUGUGUAAUUGACCGUGGCCGCUGAUUGCGUUGAACGCUACAAGUUUUAAGACAAUUUAUCCGUUUUAGUGCAACUGUUAUUUACGAGUAUUGUUAUUGGAUCAAUUGAUGGCGUAUUUGUUAAGAGUCGCCCACGCCCCGAUAUUAAAAGACCUUAACAUCUAUGACGUGCAAUUUUUCCGGUCCGACAAUGGCAAGCACGUACAGAAAUUUUUGAUUGAUUGUAUCCCGUUGUAUGGCAAAGCUUGUGAGACGUUUUUGUGGCGAAAAUGGGGUCAGGUGCCCUUAAUUCCUCAGUGAAAUUAUCGAAUGACCAACAUUUACUUUUUUCCAAUCGAAAUAAACGGUCAUUUGACGACGACACAUCUCAUUAAUUUGCUGGACGGAAGUUCCGAAAGAGCAAGCCGAGUGCUUUUCAUGCACCAUAUGAUGUAGUAUCCACCCUCCGAGUGCAUUCUUGUGAAAAGCAUAUAUAAUCGAGUUUACUUUACAAUUGUUUCACUCAGUCUGCCGGCAAAGAUUGCAAGCGAAGUGGAUGGAAUGUGUGUGUUUAUCAGGGGAAAUUGGUGUAAGUCUCAAUCUCCGGCAUAAGUGAUUCAAAUAAUGUCAGCCUCGCAGCCGCGCUUAAUCGGCCUUGUCGUUUUACUUUUGUCGAUUGUCUCCCGUGACAAGUUUAUUACAACGUCGAAUAAAACCGAAAACAUAUGGAAAAAGGCCGGGAGAGUGACAGGAUUAUUACUACAGAAUUGUAUGCAACACGACGGACCGCAGGAGCAAUUCCUGCUAAUCCUGCAACGAUGUUUAAAGCGUAGGAGUCUGCUUGCUUUGGAUAGGUCGCUAAAAGCUGACGUUAUUGAGCUUGCAAGUGGCAUAGAGCUCGUUAAGUAUAGACAAGAGAACGACACUACGCAACUCAGACAAUUUUCCGACUGGAAGCACGAAAUGCUGAAACGUCUCACCCAGCUCCUCGACACCCACGUCCUUAAAAUCCGCCUAAACGGCCAAUUUAUUGAAGCCAGGGGCAAAAAGAAGCAAAACAUGUUCAUGUCGUUGCUAAUGUUUGGCAUCGCCGCUGUUGGGCUAAUUAUGGUCCCUAUGGGCUUCCAAUUUCUCGCGGUUCUGGGCGGGAAAGCCCUGCUUUUGGCCAAGAUGGCCCUCAUUCUUACGGCGAUUCAAGGCUUGAAGAAAAUCGCCACUAGUAAUCUAAAUUAUGGGCUUUAUGCCGCCCCGCCUGAGCAUCACCACGGCCAUUGUAAGGACGGGUUUUGCGACGAGUUUAAGUCUUUAGAAGCCGAUGACAGUGUUUUUGUUGAGGUUGAUGUCGAUCAAUUGGCUUCGAAUUUUGGGUUCUGGCAUUACGAUCGACAAUGGCCUUAUGAAGCUGAAAGCUCGGAUGUAGCACCAUCGUAUAGUCAUUAUUACAAAGUUCCAGAUCAACACCCGAAUUUGCUACACGCUCUUCAGCCCCGAGAGGAUUCGAUUAGAAACAUUAUGUAGAUAAUUUACUUUCUUAUUUAUGAUUACAUUUUUAA